UACCAUCACUACAUCCUCGCAAUACGUGUUAGCACGAAAAUGGCCGCAGACAAGCAAAGUGAGAUUAAAACAUCGAAGAUGGAUGAAAAUAAGGAGAACUCUGUGGAUGCAGGCCUUGGACUGGAGAUUCUUCAGAUCAUCAAGGAAUCACAGCAACAACAUGGGUUGAGACAUGGAGAUUAUCAGCGAUACAGAGGCUACUGCUCGCGCCGCAUGCGUCGCCUGCGGAAAACUCUUGGUUUCAGACUGGGCAACCGACACAAGUUCACCGGGAAGAAAGUGACUGUGGAGAUGCUGUCUGACAGCAGGUACCUGCUGGUGGUGCUGAUGGAGGCGGAGCGGGCGUGGAGCUACGCCAUGCAGCUGAAGCAGGAGGCCAACACGGAGCCGCGCAAGCGCUUCCACCUGCUGGCCCGCCUGCGCAAGGCCGCCAAGCACAGCGAGCACCUGGAGCGGCUGUGCGAGAGCCCACGCGUGGACGCCAAGACCAAGCUGGAGGCCCAGGCCUACACCGCAUACCUGACAGGAAUGGUCCAGUUUGAGCUGCAGGAGUGGAAAUCUGCGAUGGAGGCCUUCAAUAAGUGCAAAACCAUCUAUGAGAAGCUGGCCAGUGCCUUCACUGACGAGCAGGCGGGGCUCUACUACCAGAGAGUGGAGGAGAUCUCUCCCAACCUCCGCUACUGCGCUUACAACAUCGGUGACCAGAACGCCAUCAAUGACCUGAUGCAGAUGAGACUGAGUGCAGGAGGCAGUGGGGGCAUGAUGGCCGAGAAGCUGGAGACACUGAUCACCCAGACGAGGGCCAAGCAGGCCGCCACCAUGAGCGAGGUGGAGUGGCGAGGCCGCACCGUGCCCGUCAAGAUCGACAAGGUGCGCAUCUUCCUGCUGGGGCUGGCCGACAACGAGGCAGCCAUCGCUCAGGCGGCCAAUGAGGAGACCAAGGAGCGGCUCUACGAGACCCUGCUGGCGGAGUGCAGAGACACCAUCCAGGCGGUGCGAGAGGAGAUCAGGAUGGACGUGAAAACCAGAGAGAGGGCUUCGGACUCAGAGGGAGGCAAGGUCUCUAACCUGCAGUACCUGCACAGCUACCUGACCUACAUCAAGCUGUGGACGGUGGUGAAGCGUAACGAGAGCAUGGCCCACACGCUGCAGGCCAAGCUCAAGGAGCCGCAGACGGACGAGAGCAAGCGGGGGCCGCGGCCCCAGGACCUCAUCCGCCUCUACGACAUCAUCCUGCAGAGUCUGGCGGAACUGGCUGGCCUUCAGGGAAUGGAGGAGGACCACACCUUCCAGAAGGAGGUGGGCCUGAAGACCCUGGUCUACAAGGCCUACAGGUGUUUCUUCAUAGCCCAGUCGUAUGUGCUGGUGAAGAAGUGGAGCGAGGCCCUGGUUCUGUAUGAACGAGUUCUGAAGUACGCCAGAGAGGUCCAGUCCAAGGCCAAGAGCCUGAACAACAGCCUCAAGGACCUUCCGGAUGUCCAAGAGCUUAUCGCUGAGGUCAAUGCGGAAAAAUAUUCUCUCCAGGCGGCGGCCAUCUUGGACAAAGAAGAUGUAGCGGAAACACCCACUCUGCCCCAUGUGAAAGACAAAAAGCCCCUCUCCGACCGAUUGGAAACCUUCCGCCUGGAUCCCACCCUCGUCAGCAAGCAGCCCAAUCUGGUGGAGUUUCCCCCCGACUUCCAGCCAAUCCCCUGCAAGCCCCUCUUCUUCGACCUGGCGCUCAACCACGUGGCCUUCCCGCCCCUGGACGACAAGGUGGAGCAGAAGGGCAAGGGCGGCCUGACCGGGUACAUCAAGGGCAUCUUUGGCUUCGGCAGCUAAGUGUGGGGCGCAGGCCUCUCUGGUGGUCUCGCCAGCGCUGGGCUGCGUGAGUCGCCCCGAGCACCGGCUUCCUCCAGUCUCUGAGUUCCGGCAGAGUUCCGUCGGAGUUCCGCCACGUACAUCUCAGAUUCUAGAGACUUCCGUGCCUGGUGUUCAUUUUUGCUCAUGCAGCACACCCAGACACCUCCCUCACACAAACUUGCAUACACACACACACACACACACAUACACAUAUACACACAGAGAUGCAUAUAAAUGUUCCCUCUUGCUCUCUUAAUUUCUUUAUUCUUCUCUCUCUCUUUCUCUUCUCUGAGAGAACCCCCACCUAAUUUAUCUUGUUUGAUUGAGUUCAAUUUCUUUUUUUUAAUCAAAGUCUUAUGAAGCGCCUUCAUGUACCUACUCUUGAUGUCAGUGUACAACAAGCAACACUGAUCACCAGUCAUCGUCAAUUGAAUAAAAUGGGAGUCUCCGUGCAGGAUCAGUCUCAAGCAUUUCAUGAACACUCAUUUAAGGACACAGGGUGAUCUACACGAUAAAGCCAUGAAUUUCACACAGUGCUUUUUACGGACAGUAGAAACUAGCAUCGCCAUCAACUGGAACAGACUCCUAUGCUUGUCAAGGAGCAUGUCUCUUUUCGCCAUCUGUCUUUGUCUUGCACGUCUUCCUCCCUCUGUAACUCCUGCAUGGAAAGCAGUUUAGUCGAGCUACUGCAAGGACCUGUUGCAGACGGCAAUCACUUAGCCGAUGUCACCUCUGACGAUACACCAACCAUAGCAAUAGUGACAGUCCAGUGACUCUACAUGCCACGCUGUUAUCAUUGUUACGGAGAGGAUCAGUAGUGACAGUUCAGUGACGAGACAUGCCACGCUGUUAUUGUUACGGAGAGGAUCAACGACUUCUGUGAAUGUGAACCAUCGUUCAGGAAGAAUAACAGAAGAACGCAAAGGAGAACUUUCUUCCCCCUUUUUUUGGAAUCGUACCAUCUUUGAGCUUUUUUUUUGUCAGUGUAGGACCCUGUAGGUGUGGACUGAUGCGCGUUCGACUGUUUUCGGAGAGGAUUUUUUAGGUGAGCGAGUAGGAUCUAGCAGAUCGCGCCCCAUACGAUCUCUUCGCAAGAACCAAAGUGCUUUUUUUUGUUUGCUUGUAGGAGUCAGCAGGAAUUGUAUCAGGGAAAGUUACACGGCAGGCUCCCUGCAGCGUUUAAUUUCGCCUCAAACCCAUGACUGACCUUUUUGUUUUGACAGAUAGUCACAUUUGGGCUUGUUGUACCCCAACUAACCUUUCCUUUUUAUUUGCAUUUUUAACGUUUCUUUUGAAGGUGUCUUUUGCUCAGACUGUUUUGAUCACCAGAUAGGGAACGGAUCAGGGCAGAAUUGCGGAACCUUUCUUUUUUUGUUAAUCCAGUGACAUGUGGGUGAAAAGAGAUGAAGACCAAUGUAUAGCAGAGAUAAUUGUCAUUUAGGUUGCCACAGCCUGUUACGAAAUUAAAGAACAGUUGUUUGCACCACA